AUGCGCACGCACUCGGAUACCACGGUUGCGCAAAGUGGGCUCAAUAUGCGUCAAACCGCCCGCUUCCAAACGGGCGAUUCGAUUCAAUCUGAGGUUCAUGGCUCAUGGUUCGUGGCUCGCGGUUCAUCGAGUUUCGAGGCGGGCAAGGGAAUGAUGCACGCGGAUGGGACGAUUGGCUGGCUCCAGGUCACGGCUUGCUGUGAAUCAGGUAUUUGCGGGGUCUAG